UCUUCAAAGAAAAUACUACGCAUCUCCGAUCCUAUUCAACCAUGUCUUCUUUUAACCAACUUUUUCGCACUAUCAUAAUCUUUUUUUGUUCCAAAGCAAGUCUUGCCAUUUCCAGUUGCUUUUCCCGAAGGGGACCACACUAUGGUGAAGUGCAAAGCAAUAAUUAUGAGCGGUCGUGCUAGAGGAGUUACGUUCCGUAGUGCAGCUGCACAAAAAACAAAGUUUUAGAUAAAAGAUGUCGUUUUGUGAUCAGUACACCAUGAACAUGGACAUAAUGAAGCGUGGCAUAAACGAGGUGAAAUGGGGGUUGAAUAAAAAAAAUUGAGGGUUUGCACUGAGAACUGCCCCAAAUGGCGACGACCGGACAAAACUUCCUUUAUAAGUGGGUGAUUUGCACUUUAUAUAUAAGUUCGAGAGUUUAUUUGAUAGUUUUCCGGCCAUGGUUCUAAAAGUCGCCCAAAUGGGACGCCAAGGCACCGAAAUGUCGCUACUCGGCAUGAUUUUCCUGUUUUCGCUCCCCAAAUCGCUCUAUCGACUAAUCGGCCGCACAUAACGACUAGUCGCCCGAAUAGAUACACUGUUAGUCGGUCAUGGCAUAAAAAGACAUGCCUUGUUUUAAUUUUCCGAUGAAACAAUGCCCAUUUUCCUGACGGAACCUCAUGUCCUCAUUUGACUCUUCUCUUCGAACGGCCAUUGAUGAGGGAUGACUCCCUCUUCACUUCAAUUUCCGGAUGCCCCUUCUUCGUUGACUUUGGAACUAGUGCAGGUUCUAGUGAAGAAGAUACUUGUUCACGUGCUUCUAAAUUGUUAUUUCUUCUCAGCAGAGAUGCAUUGGAAACUGUUGAUCAGGCAACAGAGAAUAAAUCACUUGUUGGAUUUAGUGUCAAAUGUGAACAGGAUGCUUAUAAUCUUUACAACGAUCAUGCUUUUGAAAAUGGAUUUGGUAUUCGUAGAUACAAACAGAGGUUUAAGAGUGGAAAUGUAAGUUUGAGUAUGAAGUCUUAUUGUUGUUGGAAAGAAGGAAAGAAACUACAAAAGGGUACUGAAAAUAAAUCUUAUACGAAGCUAGAUUAUCGUUCUGAUUGUAAAGCGAAGUUACAAUUUUCUAUUGGUGUUGAUGGUGACUGGACUGUUUCGAAGCAUAUUAUUCAUCACAAUCAUGCUUUUUGUGCCAUUGGUCAAAGACAUUUGCUGAAAUCACAUAGAGGUGUUGAUCGUGAAUAUCUUGAGUUUAUUAUGUUGAUGAAGGAGAGUGGGACAAAGGUUUCCGAUAUUCACAGAAUGCUUCAAAAGCAAUCUGGAGGUGUUAGUUCGCUUGGUUUCACCAAACGUGAUGCUUAUAAUGUUUUGGAAUCUGAAAGGAGUAAAAUGUUUGAUGGCACUGAUUCAAACACUUUGAUAGGUAUAUUGAAGAAAAGGGCUGAAUUGGAAUCUGAUUUUUUCUUUGAUUUUGAUUUGGAUGAUGGUAUCCUGAGUUGUUUUUUUUGGAGAGAUGGGCAUAUGAAAUCAGAUUAUGAUAGGUUUGGAGAUGUAGUUAUUCAUGAUACAACUUAUCGGACUAACAAGUAUGACAUGAUCUGUGGUCCUUUCGUUGGUAUGAAUCAUCAUUGUAAAAACAUAAUGUUUGGUUGUGGUUUUAUGUUGAAUGAGAAGGUGGAAUCUUUUGUUUGGUUAUUUCAGACAUUCCUCAAAUCUAUGGGUGGUAAACACCCCAUCACUUUCAUGACAGACCAGUCAUUUUCCAUGGCAGCAGCUAUCAAAUCUGUUUUUCCUAACGCAAGACACAGACUUUGCACUUGGCAUAUAGAUGAAAAUUCCAAGAAACACAUCAUGUUUCUACGCAAGAAGCUGAACUUUGUUCCUUUAUUUGAUUAUGUUGUUAAACGAUGUGACACUAUUGCCGAGUUUGAUUUCUACUGGACUGAGUUGAACAAAGUGUAUGAAUGCAGUGACAAUACAUGGUUGAAAAGGCUCUACAGUCAUAAAGAAAAGUGGUGUCCUGCAUUUUCAAAGGAUUAUUUCUCUGGUGGCAUUCUAUCCUCCCAAAGAAGUGAAUCUACAAAUAGAUCCAUAUCUAGAAGACUCUCAAAAACUGCAACAUUGUGUGACUUUUACAAAAUGUUUGGUGAUAUUGUUGAGGAAUGGAGGUCAGAGGAAAAUGGUCAAGAUUUCAGAUGUUCAGAAGGCACUGUUGAGAUGGUACUGCUGCAAGAUAGUUUGUUAACUCAUGCUAGAGAUGUGUAUACCCUUGAGAUCUUCAAACUGUUCCAAGAACAAUAUUUGAAGGGUAUGUCACAUUUUUUUAAAUUAGUAACACAGAAUUGUCAUGAUUGCGUGUAUCAUGUUUGGUUGGACGGUGUAGAUUUGAUUAGACACAGCGUUACUUUUAAUGCAAAUGACAACACGGUGACAUGCACUUGUAAGAUGUUUUCAGAAGUUGGCAUUCUUUGUAGACACAUUUUGCGUAUAUAUAACAUUCAUUGUGUGAAAUGUAUUCCUCGAGAUUAUAUAAUGUCUAGGUGGACGAAGGGUGCUAUUUUGCCAAAUAUGGGUCGUUCUCAUAUUGAAGCACCUGAUACUCUGUUUGGGAAAAUAUUGGAAGAUUCUGUGUGGAGAGUUCAAAUGACUAGGAAAUUCAAUACAAUAUUGGCUUCAAGUGCUAGUAUUCCUGAAGCUAGGCAAGUAUGUGAGCAAGGUUAUGAUUCUAUUAAAAACUUCUUAGAUAUUCAGAAACGCCGCACUGCUGGAGAUGAAUCUGCUUCUGAAUCGAGGACCAUAUUGGAUCCUCCACGUUCUGUUCCUAAAGGUCAAAGAAAUACACGAAAGAAAAGCAUUGUUGAAAAACAAUGCAAAAUAGUCAAAUCUCGCAGGUCCAAAUCCCAACAAGUUUCAUCUAAUUCAAAACUUGUUGCCCAAUCAGUUGUACAGGAGACUGUUAAUUGCAUGGUGCCACAUGGUUAUCUUGCUCAUCCAGUGCAUGGAAUGACUUGUUUGAUGCCUAUGUUUGGAUCUCCACAAGUUUUCACUCCAUACUUUUUGCAUCCAAAUGUUGGGAAUGAAAUGCAAAUUUAGUAAUAUUUAAUUAGUAUGAAUGUAAUCUGCUUGAACACUGGCUGUGGAGUUUUGCAUUUUUACAUCUUUGUAUGCUCGUUUUACAUUUAUCAGUGAUAUUGUUUACAUUUCAUAUACCCUUUGUUUACAUUAGUCUUUCAGUGUUACACUUGAAUUGGUUUAUCAAUAAAGUUUUAUUAAGUGAAUUAAUUUCAUUUUGAUUUUACAAAA